AAAGUGACAUACAAACACGUAUGGAAUUUGUACAUCUGUAUUUUGUCUUUUUUCUGUGAUCGGUCUCCAUUUAUUGCCCUCCGAAACAUAGUAAGGUAACGAUUACUUUGCAGUUUGGUCAUUCAAUCCCAGGUAUUUGGUUCACUUAAUGGUUGUUAGCUAAUAAUGGGUACCCCAGAAAGUUGCAAAAGUGAAGAACUUUGCACAGAGCUACUCCAAUCCCAAACUGGGGUCACUUCCAUUUCCACUGAGUCUGUCACCCAAACUUUGCGUCUUCGAGUGUUUGGGGUGCUGCAUUGGGUUGUUUCCCUUGGCCUCAUUCUGGCCACUGACUUUCUCUUGAAAAAAGCCUUUGCAGCAGCUUCAAUUGAGUUCCCAAGUGCCUUGUUUGGGAUGUUCUGUAUUUUCUCUGUUCUGAUUAUUCUUGAUUAUGCUGUGCCCUCUGCUGCUGUGGCCUUCGAGAAGUUCUUCGAACCGGGAAUUGUUUUCAUCCAGAGAUGGCUCCCUUUGUUCUAUGUUCCCUAUUUGGUUGUGCUUCCCCUUUCUCUUAAAGAGAUUCCCGCUUCUUCUGCAAUCAAAAUCUGCCUUAUUGUAGUUGGAGGAUGGCUAGCUACACUUUGUGUAACUGGUUUGACAGCUAUAGGUGUGAGGAAAGCUGUGAAGACAGAAUUGUUAGAUGCUGAGCCUAUGGAGAAGCCAUCUCCAUUUUCUUCGAUUGAAGUGUGUGCAUGGACUGGGGUUCUUCUUAUAUCCUUUGCUGCUUCAUUGGUUUUUCCAAUAGCAUUGGGGACAAGAGCCAGAACAUAUCUUCCAUUCUUGCUUGCGUCAACAGUUUUAGGCUACAUGAUUGGUUCAGGAUUGCCAUCAAGCUUGAAGAAGGUCUUCCACCCAAUAAUUUUUUGUGCAGCAUCUGCAGAGCUAGCAGCAAUUGCUUUGGGGUUUCUUUCUAAGUCAGGGCUUGAUGCUGUUUUAGGAUAUUAUUUUACAAACUCAUCAUCUAAUCCGGGUGCCGGUGACAUUCUAAUGGGAUUUUUGGGAUCUGUUAUUCUCUCAUUUGCCUUCGCUAUGUUCAAACAAAAAAAGCUUGUAAAGAGGCAUGCAGCAGAGAUUUUCACCUCUGUCAUAAUCUCUACCAUAUUCUCAUUGUACUCAACUGCUAUUGUUGGACGUCUACUUUCUCUAGAACAAUCAUUAACCGUAUCCAUUCUACCCAGAUGUAUAACAGUGGCGUUGGCCGUCAGCAUUGUGUCAUUUUUUGAAGGUGCCAAUGCAUCAGUCACAGCAGCUGCAGUUGUAGUGACUGGUUUAGUUGGUGCAAAUUUUGUGCAAUCAACACUUGAUAAACUCCGUCUUCGUGACCCAAUUGCUCGUGGCAUAGCAACCGCUUCAAGUUGUCAUGGGCUUGGAACAGCAGCUUUAUCUGCUAAGGAACCUGAGGCUCUUCCAUUUUGUGCCAUUGCUUAUGCUCUGAAUGGGAUAUUUGGAUCUAUACUUUGCUCAAUUCCUGCAUUCAGACAAAGUUUGCUUGCAGUAAUCGGCUGAAAUUGUGGACAGCUCCAUCCAUAUUAUGUUCCAGCUGCGUUUUGCAGGACAUUGCUUGAAAUGCCAUACCAUGCAUACCUUUUACUACACAAUAGUAAGAACCUAAGCACCAUUUCUUGGAAUAUUUAUGUUGGAAGCAAUUCUACCUUGUUUUUGUUUUGUAAGAAAAUAUUUUUGGAAGAGGAGAAGUUUAUUAAACUUUUAAUCCUAAGCUCAUUGCCUAAAACGGUCUUAAUCUUCAAAAUUGUUAACCAUCCUUAAGUUUAAAUGAAAAGAAAUAAUAUCCUUUUUGUCAA